GUAAGCAGCGGGGUUGCUUCCGUGCAUUCGCCGACGCUGUACAGCUCAUAUACUCUCGCUCCAUCUCCUGUGCGUUGUUUCAUGCAGUCACUACGCCUUUUCGCGCCACUGCGAAGCUCAUUCAAGCUCCAUACCCGCGUCCAUCCAAACUUACAAAGGGCAGCAUUCACUACAACCAUCAGAGCCAUGGCGCAAGAAUUCAAGCUCAAGGGAGUCUCAUCCCUGAACAUGAAGAAUGGCGAGAAGCAGGAGGUCGAAGUUGAGGGCGUAGAGGGCGGAAAGGUGCUCUUGUGCAAGGUCCAGGACAAGGUUCAUGCCAUGUCAGCAAACUGCACUCACUAUGGAGCGCCUCUGAAGAUGGGCGUUCUUACCCCGGAUGGACGAUUGACUUGCCCAUGGCACGGCGCUUGUUUCAAUGUCUCCACCGGAGAUGUCGAAGACGCACCGGCGCCUGAUCCGCUCACCAAGUACGAGGUAUUCGAGAAGAACGGCGCCGUCUACGUCAAGACCGAUGAGGACACCCUGAGGAUGAACAGGCGACCGUUGAACAUCAAGUGUUCGGCUUCGACCCUGAGCAACGAGAGCGUUCUCGUUAUUGGCGGUGGCUCCGGAACGUUCGGCGCAAUCGAGGGACUUCGCGGUGGAGGAUACAAGGGACACAUAACCGUGCUCUCAAAAGAAGGAUACCGACCGAUCGACCGCACGAAGCUGUCCAAGGCCCUGUUAGCUGACCUAUCGAAGCUCGCGUGGCGACAGCCAGAGUUCUACAAGGAUGCUUCGAUUGACAUUAUCGACGACGAAGUGAAGAGCGUUGACUUCGCGGGCAAGAACGUAUCGACAAAGUCCGGCAAGACGUACGACUACACCCAAUUGGUCCUGGCGACGGGCGGAACCCCGAGAUGGCUGCCGCUGGAAGGUUUGAAAGGAGACCUGGGCAACGUAUUCACGCUACGAUCCAUUCCAGACGUACAGAAUAUCCUCAAGGCUGUCGGUGAUAACGGGAAGAAGAUUGUCGUCAUUGGGAGCUCUUUCAUUGGUAUGGAGGUCGGCAACUGCUUGGCGAGCAUGAAGAAUGAUGUAACCAUUAUUGGCAUGGAGUCGGCUCCCAUGGAGCGUGUUAUGGGAAGCAAAGUCGGACAGAUCUUCCAAGGAUUGCUCGAGAAGAACGGUGUGAAGUUCAAGAUGGGUGCCAGCGUCGACAAGGCCACACCUUCAAAGAGCGACUCAUCUAAAGUGGGAGCUGUGCAUCUCAAGGACGGUACUGCGCUAGAAGCCGAUCUCGUCAUCGAAGGCGUCGGUGUUGCGCCUGCAACAGAGUACCUGAAGGAUAACCCAAGCGUACAGCUGGCGAAGGACGGUUCGCUGAACACGAAUGAGUCAUUCGAGGUCAAGGGCUUGACCGAUGUGUUCGCAAUUGGCGACAUUGCGACGUACCCAUACCACGGCCCUGGGGGUAACGGAUCGCCCAUUAGAAUCGAACAUUGGAACGUCGCACAGAACGCCGGCCGCUCGGUCGCACACUCGAUCAACAACCCGGGCUCGAAACCCAAGCCCUUCAUUCCCGUCUUCUGGUCAGCCCUAGGUUCGCAGCUGCGGUACUGCGGCAACACUGUGGGUGGCUAUGAUGACGUAGUCAUCACAGGUGAUACGUCGAAGCCGUCGUUUGUCGCAUACUAUACUCAAGGCGAGGAGGUGGUUGCUGUGGCUUCUAUGAUGAAGGAUCCUUAUAUGACGCAGAGCGCCGAGCUGAUGAGGAGGGGCAAGAUGCCCAAGAAGAGCGAGCUGCAAAAAGGCGUGGAUAUCAUGGAGGUUGGCGUGCCGUCGGAUAUCAAGAUCUGAGAGGAUAUGAGUCUUACGCGUGGAUAAUGGAAAGGAUAGCAGGUCCGGAGAAAAGGAUGCCGUCUGGAGUAGAAAGGGGCAUUGUCCAGAGGAACCACUUCUUCCGAAUGACGUCAAAGAGGGAAUGUGAUGUCUGCCUAUCCAUGACCUCCCUGAACUCACCAUGUGCGAGCAGAGAACAGAGCCUAAAGGCCUCCAGUGUGCACCCGGGCGCCAGCACAAGUCAUGUCUUGCAGCAAUUAGAGCCGAGUCGCACCAGGUCAGCGACGAGGGU